AUGGCCAAUGCGGAGGUGACUGUCCCCAUGGGGGACGUUGUGGUGAUUCCUAGCGAUUGUACGGAAGGGGAGGACCCCGAGGACACCAAGACGCAGGUUAUUCUGCAGCUGCAACCUAUUCCCCAUGGUAUGAAGUUCUGUCCAUGCAGAAUGUACGAGGAGAUGUCUGAUACCAAUGCAGCGGUUGUGUCUCUUGAGACUCACACUCUAAAGAUGGGGGAUACCUUAGAUGGUGGUACAGUGGAACUGGGUGAGGACAUUGACAUUGCAUAUCCCAUCACCUGUGGAGACAGCAAGGCCGUUUUACUGUGGAAGAAAUUUGUUUGUCCUGGGAUCAAUGUCAAAUGUGUCAAGUUUAAUGACCAGAUGAUUAGUCCAAAACACUUUGUACAUUUGGCUGGAAAAUCAACUCUGAAAGAUUGGAAGAGAGCCAUCCGCCUGGAGGGAGUCAUGCUAAGAAAAAUGAUGGAUUCAGGGCAGAUUGACUUUUAUCAGCAUGAUAAACUUUGCACGAACACUUGCCGAAGUACAAAGUUUGACCUUCUGAUCAGCAGUGCCCGUGCUCCUGUUCCAGGACAAACUAGUGUGGUACAGACCCAGACUACGGAAGGCUGUCUUUCUUCUGUUACUUUGUCUGAGGAGACCAUUGAGGAUGGCAGUACAGAGUGGGGUUCUGGACUUACUGCCACACUGCAAAUUAAACAGAGAUGACCGAAGCAGGAAAGAGGGAGAAGAGAUAUCGGAGGAGACUCUGCUUUUCUGGAAGGGAAUCUCCGAUGUUGGACUCAUGGAUGAAGUUAUCAGCAAGGUCCAGAAUGAGAUUGAAGAUCUCUUGAGUGGUGUUGAGCAACGAAUGGACCAAACGCCUUUGCAGACCUCAGAUGUCACAGUACUCAAUAACAUUUCUCAUACAUUUGGUCUCCUGGACACAGUGAAAAAAGUUCUUGAACAAAAAAGGAGUCAAAUGGACCAGAAUGAACAGUAUCAGUAUACACUGGCAGAUCUUGAACGGCAGCUGGAAGAGCAGAAGAAGCAGGAUGGAAACCACUCUCCUAUUCUUCAGAAUGUUGUGUUGAUGCCAGUGAACACCCCAAAACCACCAAAGAGGCCACGACUUCAGCGUCCAGCUUCUGCUGGCACUUUAAACACUCCUCAACCUCAGUACACUGUACUGUCUCCCCUCACGUUGGCACCUGUUGGACAGCAGUUCUCUCUUGGUGGCUUGCGUUAUGCUACAGUGUUGGGCAAGACUGGAGAAGGGGAUGCCCUUACUGUAUUAACAACAGAAAUGCAGGAUUCUGGAGCAUUAAGUGGAGUCAUGAGCCCUGUAGAGCUUGUUGCAAUGGAUUCAGGACUUGAGCAGGAUGGAGUUGGUGAAGAAGGACAAACAAUCAUUCAGAUAGAUCCAGCACCAGACCCGGAGGGUGGAUCCAAAGUGAUGGAGCUUGGUGAUGGAAAGCUGUUAGGAGUUGGCCACCAUGAUGGAAUGCAUAAUGUGGAAAUUGUAGUCCUGGAAGAAGACUAA